AUGCAGACUAAUGUUGUGAAAUUAUUACUUGUGGCACUUGUAUAUUCAAGGCUCUAUGCUCUUGCAAGUCCCACGAGAGUAACCCUGAAUAUCGAACAUGACGCUGAUCAUAACCACUUUAUGGUUACUAAGAGUUGUUACAAGGGUUUGCCAUACACAGUAUAUCGUCCAUUGCCUGGCUAUGAUGUGCAUACGGUAAGUAAAAGGGAAGGGCCAAUUUGGAUUCGAUCUAUUAGGAGAAUAAAGUUUCUGGCGGCAUUUGUUUAUUACACUAACAUCCAUAAUAAAUACCCGUUCUUUUGCAUACAAGUAAGGUUGGCCAAUGGAGUUUUAGUUUCUCUAAAGGACAAAAGCGGUCCAAUGGAAGAACUUAAAUUCUCCCUUGUUCCGUUUCUGAGAAGCGCAAUGUUAGAGCAAAAGAAGGAAACUAAAGCUAAAAGAGCUGAAACCGUAUCUGAAGAUCUAGAUUAUACGUUUUUGUCUGAUAUACUAGAACACAUUUCAAGGGAAGAAGCCAGAAAAUGGAACGUUGGCACUUUAGCUCCUGCUAGGCAAGAUGAAGGUGGUGAUAAUGAAUCGCAUGUUAAUUAUUCGGACAUGGAAGAUUUAGAGAAUGAUGGAGUGGAAGAAAUUGAAGAUGAUCCUAUGGAAGGAACUUCGUCUGGUACUUGGGCACAGAUGAUGGGUAGAGGUAAUGUGUGA